AUGGUUUACAGCAAUAGAAGGCUGAAAAUGAAGAUGGAAGGUGGAAUCGAUGGCAAGGAGGCUAUCCCCAUACCAUUGAGCAGCAGAGAGUAUCGAUUUGCGGCGACGGCUGGCAGUAGCAUCAAUGUGACCUCACAGAAGGCCAAAAUUGUGUUCGGCGACGAAUAUUUGGCUCUGACCAACAAGCAGCGAUAUCAGGCUAUCUGCAAGGAGUGGGAGAAUGAGAGGAAGAAAGAUGAAGAAUCAAGUUCCGCCUCGGAUAAUGAAGAGGAUGGUAAUCCUACCAACGAUCAAGAGAGCGCCAUCAUGAAAUGGAUCUCAGGUGAUGUGGAAGAGUCUGAUUGUGAUUCGGCUGAGUUGAGUACUCCCGAUGCUGGAGAUUCCAGGGAUGACGGUUUCCAAGCUAUGCGAAUGGGUGUACGUGACCUCAUAAGUCAAGUCCCUGACGAGAACCCGGAUUCUAUUUUUAAAUUAUAUACGAAAAGGGUGUUGGAUGAAGUGCACUGUGCUAUGACAGAUGAUGGAGUCAAAGCACCGCUGCCUCUCCAUGCCAUUUCCUUGGAUGACCUCAAGACUUACAUCAAACAGCUGAAUCGUACCCGUGCGUCUUCGAUUCCUUCUACAGUGCGAGGUCAGGAAGUGGCAGCCCGGCUCUUCGAAGGAAUGAAGCCUCCGAUUGAUAUAUCAUUCCCUCACACUCAUUCCGCCAAUCAGCAGAUGGUAUCUCCCAUCAAGUUGGGAGCUGGUCCGAAGCCCGUCACAACCUCGGAUGUGCUGGAUGAUAUUGUGCGCCAAAAGCGGGAGAGAGGCUCAGUAUCUCAGUCUCCGAUCCAGAGUGUAAGCAUUACUCAGAGAAGAGCCGCUAAUCAAGAUGCCAGUGGGCCAGCUGAGGGUGCAGCGUCUCCAGAGCCUCACGUCAAGGGCCUCUCUCGCGGAGAAGAUUCGCUCAAUAGCAAGGUCUGUCGAUUCUGUGGCAAGCCGCUUAUUGAUGGUUACAAUGACCAUGUUCGUGAUGGUAGUAGAUGGGGGCGUUGCCCGAUGGAUUCUCGGCCGUUCAUGGAUAAUGAAUCCAAGGCUAUGAGGAGAUUGGCCCGAGAGCGAGCCAAGACUAUACGGGUGACUGCGACAGGCUCGGGGAGAAAUUGUGGUUGGUGUGGGAUACGCCUCACAGCGGUUAUGAUGAAAGAGGAUGGAGGAGAGAUGCCAGGUCAUGAGCAGUUUGCUGACGAGCAUGGCAAAAUCGUGAGGUUCUGUCCGCUCGCUAUGAAUUUGAAUCAUCAAAGGGUGGAGAGCCUGAGGCUCCUGAAAACGCAUCGUGCUAUGGAGAAGAAGAGUCGUUAUAACUCUAAUAAACGACGACGUUAUCAUGAGCGAAGAACGACCGGUGAUGGAGAGGUGGCUGAUAACAUCAUCGAAGGUACAACUCUUGACAAGAUGGAUGUCAAUACCGCAGUUGCUGCUAACACUAUCGGAGGCGCGGGUAUAUUCUCCCAGUUCUGCGAUUGA